CUUGCCUGUUGUAGGUAUGUUGUGCUGGUAUUGGACAUGGUUCCUUUACUAGCUGGUGUCUGUGUUUUAACUCUGCUGCUACUUGCCUGUAGUUUUGAGAAAUAGUACACACUAGGCCAAUACUGUUACUUAAGGGUAGCUUUGGGGAGGCAGAUGUUUGGGCCAGUUUGAUUUAGCGUCCUUGUAGGUUAACUGCUGGUCAUAUUCAGUAUAGGCCACAAACAAACACUCCAAGCCUGAAGGUUCAACAGUUUCCAGCAUGUGAGACUGCAGAGACUCUUCAAAAAAGUUUCACCGAGAGGCCGGAAGUCCCUGCUUCACUUGGACAAGCUAAAACUCACAAGACUUCCUGGAGAGGAAAGGGAACAAGAAGAAAGGGGAAUCAGAGAGCUUCUGCAGCCUCCGUGUGUCCUGCAGGAGAAGAUGGAUUCAGACUCCGGAGAGCAGAGUGACGGAGACCUCUCUCCAGGGCAGGAGAGCUUUAACUCUCGCUCCCUGGCCCUGCAGGCCCAGAAGAAGAUCCUGAGUAAGAUGGCGACCAUGGUGGUGGCCAACAUGCUCACAGACGAUACCAGCAGUGAGAUCUUGGAUGAACUCUACAAGACGAGCCGGGAGUUCACCAAGAGCAAGAAGGAGGCCCACAAGAUCAUCAAGGAUGUCAUCAAGAUCGCCCUGAAGAUAGGCAUCUUGUACCGCAACCACCAGUUCAGCCCUGACGAGCUGGACACUGUGGAGCGCUUCAAGAAGAAGAUGAACCAGGCGGCCAUGACGGCAGUUUCGUUCUAUGAGGUGGAGUACACCUUUGACAGGAAUAUUCUGUCAGAGCUCCUGCUGGAGUGCAGGGACCUGCUUCACACCCUGGUCGAGCAGCACCUGACCGCUCGCUCACAUGCGCGCAUCGAUCACGUUUUCAACCAUUUUGCCCACUGCGAUUUCUUGGCGGAGUUGUACGGGGACGGAGAGGAGUACAGACUCUCUCUGAGGAAGAUCUGCAAUGGCAUCAACAAACUGCUGGACGAGGGAACGCUUUAACCUCUCACAUCUGACCUCUUUCCCCUCCAGCUUUUUCUCCUCUUGCUCUUUCACUUGAUGGUCGCUCCUGCCUCCUUCGAUCUCCUUCACUCGGUCACCCCUCCUGACUGCUCAUAUGCUCUACUUUCUUCUCGCUCUUGUCUUCCUGUUUCUUCUCUGUCCAUUUACAUGAAGCUAGUUGUAACAAUUGUUGCUGUGGUUCGAUGAGGGAUUUUCUAGACUUCUUUCCACUCAAUGGAUCAUCGCUGCACACUGGGACAGCCUGUGUCAUGUUGUAUGCAUUAUAGCAUUUCAAGUUAUCCCCUUUGUGUGCAAAACCUGUACUGUACCAAUGGCCAAAAACAUACAUUAGGUAUAUUUGGAUAUAGAAGAUAAUCAGUGGUAGUUAACAGAGUGUCUCCUUUCUCAUUGUGUGCGUGCGUGUGUGUGUGUAUGUGUGUGUGCACUUGUGUUUGUAUGGGAUUCACUUGAGUAAUGUGUUUGUAUAUAAGACCAACUAUGACAUGGUGUGUGUGUUAUGUAUCUUUGUCAAUCUUCUCUACAAAGGUGUAACACUUGUAUUUUAUUAAAGAUUUCUCGUAAACAUUA